CUACUCUGAGUUCAGUAACUGCGAGCAAGGAAAGCAUGAUUGAGAACAGUUUCUCAUUUUGAUCCCACAAUCAACGCAUGAUAGCUUUAUUUUCAGGUGGCUUUUUAAUAAUGGUAUUAGUACUUCGAAAAACUAUUAGAAACAUGAGAGCUGGCAUGAAAAUUACCCCAUGUUAGUCAUCUCUUUCUUCUACCUUGCACAAGUCUUGUUGGAUUACAAUCUUUGAGUACAUGAGGAAGAAAAAAUUGAUUCUUGUUGCAUUCCCUUCUCUUGCCGUAGUCCUCUUCAUCUUCAUCAUCUUCUUCAGUAUCCGCUUAAAGUCCCCUUCUUCAACUGCAACAAAAAGUAUCAUUAUACUGCAGGACACAUCCCAUCUAGAGUCGCAGUUCACCCUUUUGAUAGGAAUUCUUACUCGUCCAGACAAUUAUGAACGUCGCCAUUUCCUCCGCCUCAUCUACGGGAUUCAAUCCUCUCCCAUAGCCAAGAUUGAUGUGAAGUUCGUAUUCUGCAAACUCACCAAGCCCGAACAAAGAACUUACGUUGCUCUUGAGAUCAUGCGCUUUCGCGACAUUAUCAUCCUUAAUUGUACCGAGAACAUGAACAGUGGAAAAACUUAUGCUUAUUUCUCUAGCCUACCAAGAAUCUUGCCACGGCAUUAUGACUAUGUCAUGAAAGCCGAUGAUGAUGUUUUCUUGAGGCUUGUGCCGUUGGCAUUGUCUCUCCAGCCAUUACCAAGAUCAGAUAUGUAUUAUGGAUUCGUCAUUCCUUGUCCAAGCAUGAACCCGUUUGUGCAUUACAUGUCAGGAAUGGGAUUUAUUCUGUCUUGGGACCUUGUCCAGUGGAUCGCAGUUUCCGACAUUCCUGCAAAUGAUACCUUUGGUCCUGAAGAUAAGCUUGUUGGAAAAUGGCUGGAUAUGGGGAAAAAGGCAACGAACAGGUUUUCUAAUAAGCCAGCAAUGUAUGACUAUCCAGGAACUAAUAGCAGGUGCUCACAUGAUCUCAUUCCUGACACCAUUGCAGUUCACCGGCUAAAAAAGUGGGAACAAUGGUUUCACGUGCUCAGUUUCUUUAAUGUAACUGAAGAGCUAGCUUGAAAAAUCCAAUCUUUACAGUGUAUGAUUUGAUUGUUUUGCUAUAAAUCUAAAUAAUACCAGUUUCAGAAUCUGGCAUAUUUUUAAGGCUUUAUUCGAAAGUGAAAGGUAGUCAUAAUCACAGUUUCCAUGCUACUGUUUCAGAUUCUGAUGCUUAAGCUCAUUGAUAGAUAAAAAGCAGAGAUGCAAUUAUCAAUUCCGGAGGACAGUGCCAAAAUUAUGUAGUUAUACAGAGCUAAGCAGUAAUACGUUCCUAAGAUCAAAACAAGAUCUGGUUAGCACCAAAUUAAGAUAAAAGCCUAUG